AUGGAUCCCGAAAGAGAGAGUUUGCUCUCAUACCACGAGACGCAGCGUGAAAGAACACAACAGCUGCUUUCGCACGAAAUCACAGCGAGUGCGCAAGCUAAUGAGGAUUACCCUGUUGAUCAUGGCAAGGUGGCGUGGAUGCAGGUUCUCGGUGGAUUCAUUCUGUUCGCGAACAGUUGGGGCUUACCAAAUGCAUUUGGGGUUUUCCAAACAUACUACGUCGACACCUUGAUGCCGGAGCAGGAUGCGUCGCGUAUUGCCUGGAUCGGAUCGAUACAGCUUUUCUUCACCACGAUUGGCUGCUUGCCUGGCGGUAUGCUGCUUGAUCGGGGAUAUCUCAAAAGUAUCAUCGCUGUUGGCACGGGCCUCGAGGUACUUGGUUUGAUCCUGACUUCCUUCUUCAAGAGCUAUUGGGCCAUCUUCUUCGCUCAGGGAGUGUGUAUGGGCAUUGGCAGCGGUUUGAUGGCGAUUGUGCCUGUCGCUGUGCUCGCCAUGUUCUUCGAGAAGAAGCGCAUGCUGGCUACCGGUCUUGCAUCGACUGGUGCUAGUGUUGCCGGUAUCGCUUACACUCUCUCCUUACGCUCUCUCUUCCUCAGCGUCGGGUUCGCGUGGGCUGUUCGCAUCUUUGCGCUCAUCAUAUUGGUGACUAACGCCGUCGCUUUUGUGGUGAUGCGCUUGCAGCUUCAGUACGGAUCCAAGGGUUCCAGCUUUGGGUUUCACCACUUCAAGGAUCUACCGUACACGAUCUUUGUCGUCGCCUUUACGCUGUUUGUCGCGUCCUCGUUCGUGCCGUUCUUCUUCAUCCAGGAGUACGCCAUCAAGCUCGGUGUGUCGAAGGAUAUGGCAUUCAACUUGUUGUCGAUCAUGAACGCGGCCAACAUCUUUGGGCGCUUUGUUCCAAACUUCAUCGCCGACAGGUACGGCGGUGUGAACACCCUACUUCCUCUCACCGUCGCAUGCAUCAUCACCCUCUGCAUGCUGCCCCUCGCGCAGGAAUUGUACGGUCUCAUCGCUAUCAGCAUCGUAUACGGCUUCCUUUCGGGCGGCGUCAUUAUCAUACCGGGUCCAGCUAUUACGGAACUCUCUCCCAACAAGGCCGCCAUCGGCGUGCGUCUCGGGUUGGCGUAUCUAGUCGCUGCUUUCGGUGGGCUGCUCGGCAACCCUGCCAUGGGCGCACUCAAGGGCGAGGGAAAUGGUGCGGUAGAGAACUUCAAGGGCGUCUGGUUCUGUGCCGCAGGCGUUAUGGGUGUGGGUGCCGUAGCGCUUGUUGCCACACGAUGGCUCAAGUUAGGUGGUGUGUGGGCUGCGGGAAGAGUAUGA